AUGUCCAAGUGGAGCAAGAAGAACCGCGCGCCAGCGGGCUAUGAGUACAUCCAACCGGUAAUGGACGCGCUGGAGAGCGAGUUGCGUGAAAAGAUGAACGAGCCGCACGAGGGCAAGCGGCAGUGCGAGGCGCUGUGGCCAGUGCACCAGAUCAACUGGCAGCGCAGCCGCUACGUGUACGACAUGUUCUACAAGUACAAAAAGAUCUCUCGUGAGGUGUACGACUACUGUGUGCGACGCAAACUGGUGGAUGCCAACCUCAUCGCCAAGUGGAAGAAACCGGGCUACGAGCGACUGUGUAGCACCUUCGCAAUCAACACUAAGAAUUACAACUACGGUACUGUCAGUAUCUGCCGCGUACCGAGACAGCAGCUGUCGGAGGGGCAGGUAGUGCAGGAGAAGCACAGUGGCUGCAGAGGUUGCGCCUCUGGACCUGGAGGGUACCACAAUAUCUUCGGUAACAAGUACGGACAGCACUUGGCCAGAAUUCAGAUCGCAAGAGAGGAAGCCGCCCAGAAGGAGGACAUCAAGCAGGUGUGGGCCACCGAGCAGGAGCAGGAAGACUAUGAGAGUGGCGAUGAAGAGAAGAAGAGGAAGAGAGACGAACCGACGAAGGAGAGCGAGAGUGAGUCCAGUGGAGAAAGUGACAGUGACGAAGAGACCAAAGAGGCCGAAACGCCCUCGAACAAGAAGCAGAAAGGGGACAAGUGAAUCAGCUUAUGGAGAGAAGAGGGAAGUUCCCAAUAGAUUUUACCCAUUCUUGAGCGAUUCUAGCUUUGAGUUUAUUAAAAAAAAAGAAAUUUAGCUUACCAGACAAA